AUGACUGAAGAGCCCAUAAAGGAGAUGCUGGGAACCUCAAAGCCUCCCAAGCCAGUGUCAACGGAGAAAAGCUCCAACAAAGAAGUGGUGAUCACUAUGGUCCCCCUGGUCAGUGAGAUUCAGCUGACGGCGGCUACAGGGGGCGCCGAGCUCUCCUGCUACCGCUGUAUCAUCCCGUUCGCUGUGGUGGUCCUCAUUGCAGGCAUAGUGGUCACUGCUGUGGCUUACAGCUUCAACUCCCAUGGCUCCAUCAUCUCCAUCUUCGGCCUGUCCCUGCUGUCAUUUGGACUGUUUUUGCUAGCCUCCAGCGCCUUGUGCUGGAAGGUGAGACAAAGGAGCAAGAAAGCCAAAAGACGGGAGAGUCAGACGGCUCUCAUGGCAAAUCAGAGAAGCCUGUUUGCUUAG